ACUCCGAAACACUCCAAGUUAGAAAAAUGCGAAUUGUGGUCCUGUGCCUUGUGAUCCUGUUUUCAAUACUUGAAGUCGAUGUAUUUGCUGAUCAACAUAGAGUGUACUUACAUUUUAAAAAACGAUUUGAACUCUGCCGCCAACCUGCUGAACGUGGAAACUGUCCUUUUGCUUAUAAAGCCUGGUACUUCAAUUCAGAUACAAAAAAGUGCGAAAGCUUCAUGUAUAGUCGAUGUGGAGGAAACUGGAAUCGGUUUAAUAGUAAGAUAAUGUGUAUAGAAAACUGCAUGGAAUUUCCCGAUCUGUUUUACGAUUAAAUAAAAUAAUUAA